CUCUUUUUACCCCCAUCCGCAUACAAUCAGUUUGCAUGUUGGCUACAUAGGCCUUCCAGUGCGCGUGCAGUAUAGCCCUUUCUCAACCAAGUUUUGUUCUUCAUCAGAAAUACAAUCAGAGCUAAAAGAGCUAAGAGCUGUCGUGUCAGUUACUACGAUCUUACAUUAUAUUCUACCAGCUCAGAUUUUCUUCAUAACGGAUACAAUUAGAGCUUGUCCGUCUGUCCGUCUGCUUUGCCGGUUGCGCUCUUCGUGAAUGUUAUCAUUCUGGGGAGUAUUCUGACCAAUGAACUCAUCGAGUGAUUAGAUGAACUUUCGAUGCUCACGGUGCAAGAGCUCAGAUUAAGAGGAACGAAUAACAAAAACAGCAAUACUAGCCCAAAUAUAUAUUCCCAUGAACGCGGUAUUAGUCAAACUGGGAUAGUUGUUAGCCGGAUAUGCAAUGUACAUGGUUAUAAAACCUGAAGUCGGAAACAGCAAAAAAUCAGACAAUCCAGAUUUGAUUUUCGAGGAUUUGGAGAUUUAUACGUCGCGUCGUCAGCACUGUGAGAGACUUGACAGACGAUACAGUAAGCUGGAUUUGCAUUCUGAGAACAACAUCGGGAACACUCAUCUUAAUCCAAGGUCUCGGUCUUUCGAGACAUAAUUCAGGAUCUCGGCAUUUCGAGACUCAACUUCACCGUUUCGGUUUUUUGAGACUUCAUCUGCUUUCUCCGCACCUCCAGACAAAAUCCAAAGUCUCAGUAUACUUCGAGACAUAAUUCAAGGUCUCAUGUCUCUACAUUUCUGGACAAUCGAUAGAGCAGAGACAUUUUCUUAAAGUUACGUCAUACAAAGCCACAAAAAAGUCCUGAUUGGUAGAUUAUCAUCAGCAAGACAUCAUGGUAUCAUCGGGGAUGAUUAAUAUCUGCUAUCUUCUUUUGAUGUGGAGCCAUCUUGCUGUAGCGCAAGAUUUUCCUUGGGCCGAGGGUUCAGACUACGCUGAUCCUCUUCCCGAUGAGCAAAUGCCCAGUCAUGACUACGGUCAAAGCUAUGUCUUUCCGGAACCAGCGAACCCUGGUCCCGUCUUCCCGUUUCCGAACUCCCCUUACGUCAUCCCUGAGCCUGCCGUCGCCGAGACGCAAACAGUGGUUGCACUUCCGGUUCAGCCAAAACAACGCCAGGUUCCCCUUCCGGUGGAGCCGACAAAUGUGGUUGCUACUACGCGUGUGAGUCCUAGUACGGAACGAGUCCAAACUACUUUGAGUCCUAUUCUAAGCCCCGAUCAUUAUGUACGUGUUACGAUGAGGAUGGUGAGUCCGUUAGGGGUGGACCAGGGAUCUUCAUCCUUCAGCUGUUACCUCAGCCAGCCAGACGUGGGAAGAUCGACUCUCUCAACAGGCCGAUAUUCUCAGACUGGAGAUGGGGGCACAGUAGGGGCGUGGUCCCUUCCAGAAGGGCGUAGACUAGGAGGUCAUGGUAUGGCGGUGGACCUGACUACCAGUGGUACAGGUGGAUUUGGGACCUUCUACUGCCAGGGAUCGCAGCCUGGCAAAGAUACUACGACAGUGGUUGGGGUCUUUCUGACGUCAAAUCCGAAAAUCAUUCCCACCGAUGGAAGAUUUACGAAGACAGUCAGCCUUGGUGACGUAGAUGUGACACUAGCAAUGACCCUUCGCAGCCCUGCCGACGCUCUGACCAAUCAGGUUCAAUGGCGUAGAAAUGGACAAGAAGUUAUAGAAGACAUGUCGGGAUUGGCCAGUGUCACAUUUAGGCGACCAAUCACAGAGACCGUUGCUGGCGUAUAUGAAUGCUUUUAUGCAAAUGAGAGGAAUCAGGCUCGCCAUGGCAUCGUGAGGCUCAUUGUCCGAGGUUGCCCGACUGGUCGAUGGAAUCCACCUCGCUGUACCGGGGUAUGCGAUGCUUGUUAUAAUGGUGGAAUGUGUGACCACGUGACAGGAUGGUGCAUUUGCCCUCCCGGCUUCACCGGAGAGCACUGCGAACAAGCAUGUGGUUUCAACAGCUUUGGUGUUUCGUGCGAGUUUCGAUGUUCAUCAUCAGUUGACGAAUCUGUCUCAUGCCGAGGUAGUCAAUUUUGCCUUCCAGACCCAUUUGGCUGCACCUGUAAUGCUGGAUUUAAGGGACUUCGAUGUGAAGCAGAUUGUGAUGCAGGUCAAUACGGUGCCGGGUGUCUUCAAUCGUGUCACUGCGCGUCGGGUCACUGUGACCGGUUUACAGGUCAAUGCCUCGGAUCACCAUCGGGUUGUUCUCGCGGUUGGUCAGGGGUGAAUUGUCAAGUUCCUGAUGUCUGUCCAAAGGGGUAUUUUGGAGCGGCGUGUCUUAGUAAGUGUUACUGUGACAACGGCGUGGCGUGUGAUAAGGUGAGCGGCAAAUGUCCUCAGAAACGAUGUGCUCCUGGGUUUGCUGUAUACGACGAUGGUCAACAUUGCUCAGGUUGUCGGCCUGGUACAUUCGGUAUUGGAUGCUCGCAUACCUGCCCUUGCCAUGCCGAUGCAUGCCAUCCGGAAACUGGAGAAUGUAGUGGGAGAUGUUUUGAUCGGUUCAUCAAGCCUACAUGUCAUGCAGGUAUCUCGAGCGUGACGACAACCAGAGUAAACACGGGACAGACAGCCUCCUUCAAUUGCACCAUUACAUCGUCCAUGUCACUCUCAUCGUCAUCGUCGUCGUUGGCAUCGUUUUCGAGAAGCCCAUCUGCCAUUCUUCCAUCGGCUUCUACCGUUGUGCUCUACCGCAUCUCCGGGGGUGAGAGCCAGGCCGGGGUGCUCCGGCUGGGUACCGUGGUAGAGCCUGGAAGCGAAACAGUCAUGUUUGGUGUGGACGGUAUAAGACCAGACGAGACGUUGAGAUGCGUUGUGAUGGGCGCCAAUGGAGAGGUUCUGGCGCGCAGAGAGGUUCCAGCAGACACGUACGUUCUACCUGUGAUGGCCAAUCCACCGAUAAUCACGGAGCAAACAGUUACCAGCAUCUCCCUGCGAUGGCAGCCGUGGAGCUCUACCGGACCGGACCAUACCGGAGACCCGCCUCUCGUUGCUUACGUCGUGCUCUACCGUCUGAACGGAAGAAACGAUUGGAUGAGGGGCGAUCGAAUACCGGCGAUCCGCACGUCGGCAACGCAGCGUGACCUUCAACCUCACACGUGGUAUGACGUCAGUGUGGUGGGUGUGAGGGAGGGGCUAGGAGGUGAAGGAUUGCCUAGCCCUUGGACGACUGUCCGGACUUUCUGCCAAGUGCCGAGUCGACCACCUACUGUGAUAGCAUCCAGCGAUACGAAGUUUCCAGGACAGAUCUUAGUCGCUUGGCAGACUCCUGAUCCAACCGUCAUACGAUGCCCAUCUGGUCUGGUGGGAUUCAAUAUUUAUUAUCGAGAGAUAGACUCGGCCCACAGCGAAACGGGGACGCUGCGACUAUUCACUCCUACAGUCACCAACCAAGUAGUGACUGGACUACACGUCUACACCAAAUACCUCGUCAGUAUAAGUUUAUUAAAUGAAGCGGGAGAAGGGGAAAGAAGCGAAGAAGUCAUGGUUUUCUCUCCGCAAGAAAUUCCACCUCCUCCUAUUCAUCUGACUGUUGAACAGCCAACCAAAGAGAGCGCUCUGAUUUCCUGGGAAACUCCUUCGCCAUCAAAUAUCAACGGGAAAAUAAGAUUUUUUGAGCUCCAAUACAAGUUUUGGGCUGAUCACAACGAUGAUCUUGCUGAAUCACACUCCAUUCAAAUCAACAAUACAUCGUUAGAGAUGAAGUAUGAGCUGAAAGGUCUUGUAGCUAACCUUUCGUAUUCCUUCAAGGUUCGGACGGUGAACGAUGUAGCUCCUGGUGACUGGUGUGAUCCAAUUAUUGUGUCAACUCAAGAGGAACCACCAGCUCUCCUCGCUCAUGGUCGGAGUAGUAUCCACGGACCGAAAGUUGGCCUGAGCAUUAUGGGCGUGUUCGUUGGGCUCCUCCUAUUGGCUGGUCUAUUUGUGGGCGUGGUCAGAUUUCGAAAAUUUCGAAAGAGGAUGCGUGCGCAGAAGAACAAUGAGUUAUCGACGCUGAGGGACACCGUGGCUUUCUCUCGUCGGUCAGUGCGCGUCAGUGAUCUCAAAGGAAACGGGAACGGAAAGAAACUUAUGGAUGACGUGUAUAUGACGCCUAUUGCUACCGCCAGCUUGACGAAAUCAAGCCGCAAGCCAAAACCGAAAGGAGAAGACGAACAUAAAUACGAAUACAUCGACCCAAUGCGGUUUCCGGUUAUGCGAUUCGCCAUACUCGCCAACGAAAACGAAACGAUUAUCCACAGCUAUCGUUAAUGGAUCGGUGCUGUCGUCUGAUUCUUACAUUGCGAUCGUAGUUUGUUUGAACUCUGAAAGAGACAGAUUCGAUUCAUACGAUGGACUAUAGAAUAAAGGCGAAUGAUUUGAUACAUUUUAAAACGUAUAUGAAAACGUUAAAGGGAAAUAAGGAAGCUUCGAUCGACUAUUUCGUAUUACAGAUGUUUAUGAACAUGAAUAUAAUUUGGAAAUAUAUACAAGGACAACUUGAGGAAACUUUAAUAUAAAUUUUAGAAGAACUUCUUUUUCUUCAUUUCUUCCUUUGAAAUAUUAUAUCGAGUACAAAAGAAGUUUGGUAGAAUAUACUCAUCCCUGCCGUCCGAGUGGAGACUUUAUAGAUAUUACAGCGAAAAAAGGAAAAGAGUGAAAGUGGCAAGAGUGGAUACGAGUCUGGUUCUUUGGAUGUCAUGAUGUGUGGAAGACUAUAAUUCAUGACUAUCAAACCACACCUUCUAUCAGGGUAGAGAUGAUCGGUCAUAUGUUCCGCACCAGUGAACACGAACGCGAAGCCUAGACGCUGCCUAGACACUGGACUGAUUCAUAUAAACCACAUCUGGCAGUGGCCCAUCUUUACUACUUGGCUCUCAUUUCUUUAAAUAUGUUUAUAAUAUAUAUGAAUAUGCGUGUUCGGAAUCAAAAGAUAUGGUAGAUUGAAAUCAAAGAUUUUCAGUUUUAACAUACUUUGGGCAUUUCCUUGAUGUUUUGAAGCGGUAAAAGAAAAUAAACUUACUUUUCCCAUCGAAAAUUUAGCAUAAAAUAUUUCUCAACGAGUUCCUACAACCAAGAACAUUGUUGUUGCUACCUUGUUUGGCGUUCAACAAUAGGGAUAGAGCAACGUCGAUCUGGCUGCCGG